UCAUAUAUAUAAGCGCAUAAUAUGUUCAAGUUUUUAUACAAAAAAGCUUCUAAGGAUUAAGUGUUCUGCGGUUAUGGCAACCGAGGUGAAGGAGAUACAAAUUUCAGUAGAUCCUGUAUCCAUGAAAGAAGUUGUUGAAUAUCCAUGUUUCGGGUUCCCUAAACCUCAAACCACCAAUAAACCAUUGCCUUCGUUACCAAAAAAGAACAAGUUUCUUAGUACUAGUCUCCCAAAUUCGGCUUGUUCAUCCCCUCGUGGAGUUAUUCCAAAGCCAAAACUCAAGGAUCACGAUAAAGCACUUGAAGCAUCCCUAGCUCAUGAACACUCGGUGGCUCUCUCUCGUCUUAUUUGGCUUCGUGAGAAAAGCAUGCAAAGAAGCAAGUCUUGUGGCGAAGGAAGACCAUCGGGUCAAUAUGAUGAGUUUGAUAUCUGUGUGACUUCUACCAAAACUCCCACUACUAGUGUGAGUGCUGAUAGUACACCCAGAGGUCAAACUACAUCAAAUGGUGAAUACAAAAGAAUCAUAGAAUCAAAGAAACGUAACGAUGAGGAUUUCAAAUGUGGGGCUCUUUGCUUGUUCUUGCCAGGGUUCGGUAAGGGUAAGCCAGUGAGAAGUAGAAGAGAUGAACUAGAAGAAUUGGGGCAUGUUAUCUCACAUAGGGUGUCUCUCGAAAAAUUCGAAUGUGGGUCUUGGAGAUCAUCGGGUAUUUUGAACAGAGGGAGUGAUUUUUCGUCUAACCAUUUCUUUGAUUUGCCGUUGGAGCUUAUACAAAUGAGUGGAAACGAUGCAAAUUUGCCAGUGAGUUCGGCUUUUGUGUUCGACAAAGAUGUGAAAGGCGUUCUUAAGGUGACAGGAGGUGGAGAAAAGAAGCCAAACGACGGCCGUCAUGUAAGGUUUUCGACAUCUUCCCCUACGACAUCUCCUUCAUGCAUCACACCUCGUAUGCGCAAAGCUAGAGAUGAGUUUAACUCAUUUUUGGAAGCUCAAAGUGCUUGAGCUUCGGUUUCCAUAUCCAUAUGAAAAACUAAUAGUUCAUUUAAGGGUUUUUCACUUUCUCCCAAAAAAUAAAUAACAAAAAAGUUUGUAUACUUUCUAAUCUUAUAAACUUAAAUAAGUGGCCAGUGUGAUACUUCACUAUUUAUUAUUAUUCCAUAGUUA